AUGUCUCCAAAAUGCCCAGACAGACUGCUAGCAGAGAUCCAAUGGAAAAAGCCGAAACACUAUGUUGAUUAUGGGAAGAAGCUCAAUCUUAAUCAGAUUGGAGCAACUGUCCCAGCUACAGUUCCUGGAACUUCUCCAGCGACAAGUAUUAUCACAGGUGGAACAUCAACUGUUGCGGGAAGCGUUAACACACCGUUGCGACUUACUGGUACUACAGGUAAUCAGUUGAUGCAAGUUUCUGCAGGAAUGCAGCUCAUGCAGAUUCCGACUCAAGGUGGCGGCACUGUUACUGUUGUGAAGACUGGCUAUUUUGAUACAUCAAAUGUCUUUCACGAUGCUAUCAAGGGAAAGGAUGAGAAUGGCAAUGAUGUCUAUCGUAUUCCAUGUCCUACUGGUACGACUAUCGUCAAACUUCAAUCCGACUGGCACUAUGCUAGUAAAAGUGAAGACUUGCCUGAUCUUGCUACUGAAGCAGAUCGAGGUAUGCAGUUUAUUCAAAGCCGCAGAAUCGAAAGAGAUCCGUUUCGUUUGCUUGAUCACAUCAUCAUGGACAGUGGUUGCACCAACACCACCAUUUGUAAUGGUGAACUCAUGCAUGGACUACGUCAAGCUGAGAAAGAGCUCAAUAUGCACACUAACGUGGGCAGCAGAGUUCUCGAUGAAGAAGGGUUUCUAGGAAGAUUUCCGCCUCCAGUCUAUUAUGAUGAAGACGGAAUUGUCAAUGUACUUGCUAUGCGCGAGAUGAUUGCUGCUGUAUACCGCAUUACCAUGGAUACUGAUUUUGACAAUGCCUUGUGCAUUGCGAUGGAGACAGACAGAUGCGAUUUGUGA